UUUAAGAAUCUCACUGUCUUUGUUGUGCGUCAGAACAGAAAAAAGAACUUCAAUGUACUGAAGUUUCCACAGAUCCAUCUUCCCAAAAAUAUCUCUGUAGCUACUACUCCAAGAGAUCUCUCUCUAAUACAUUACCUGUUUUCUCCCUCUAAAAUAAAAAUCGAAGCUUUUUUUUUUUUGUCUCCGAUGAAAAGCAAAAUCUACCACCAGCAAAACAGCAAUAAUAGUGUUGUAGGUAGCGAUAAUGGCUGCCGAAGCGAGUCUCCAAGCCCACCUCUAUCUCCGAACCGCCGGGUCCCUCGUCGUCAACGGCGGCAAACUCUGUUCAGAGCUUCUUCUUUUUCUUUCCGGAGAAAGCUUCGUUACUUGCUUCUCCUUCCUAUGAUUUACGCUUCUGGGGUUUUCAUGUGUGUCGGUCCUUUCUCGGGUCUCGUCGGCUGGGUCUAUGUUCCCGGGUCUGUUUAUCGGAGCCCCGAGAUUUACCGGAAACUCCGAGAUGACAUUUUCGCUGACAAUUCCACCGACGUCGAGUUAUCUUCUGUGUGGAAAUACAAAAGGAGACCAAAAAUGCAAAAACCUUGUCCCAAUUCGACAGUUACAUCACAUCUUGCUCUUAACGGAGAAUCAUCUGCUCUUACUCUUAGUGGUUACUUGAUUGUGGAGGCAAAUGGCGGUCUUAAUCAGCAACGUUCUGCGAUUUGCAAUGCUGUGGCUGUAGCGGGACUCUUAAACGCAGUCUUAGUCAUACCGGAGUUUGAAUUUCACGCCAUUUGGAAGGAUUCAAGCACCUUUGGGGAUAUCUAUGACGAAGAUCAUUUCAUAUCUAGCCUCGAAAGAUAUGUGAAAGUUGUGAGACAUGUUCCGAAUGAAGUUAUGGCCCGUUUUGAUUACAAUCUUACAAGUAUCCCUACUAUUCGCGUUCAAGCUUGGGCUACUGUCAAGUAUUAUAAUGGGGAAGUCUAUCCAAUGUUAAAGGAACGUGGGGUUAUACGGAUUUCUCCUUUCGCAAAUCGAUUGGCGAUGAGUGUUCCACCGUAUAUCCAACUUUUAAGGUGCAUAGCUAAUUACAAAGCAUUGAAGUUUUCUUCACCAAUAUCAACACUAGCUGAAAAGUUAGUUGAUCGGAUGGUUGAGAAAAGCUCAGACACCGGGGGAAAGUAUGUCGCAGUCCACCUUCGAUUUGAGGAGGACAUGGUGGCCUUCUCUUGUUGUCUUUAUGAAGGAGGAAGAGCUGAGAAAUCUGAAAUGGAUGUGAUCCGGCAGAAAAGUUGGAAAGGAAAGUUCAAACGAAGAGAUCGUGUCAUUAGGCCUGACCUUAACCGCGUUAUUGGAAAAUGUCCCCUUACCCCAUUAGAGGUCGGUAUGAUGCUCCGUGGUAUGGGAUUCGAUAACAACACUUCCAUAUAUUUGGCCUCGGGAAGAAUCUACCAACCCGAGAAACAUUUGGCUCCUCUACAGGAAAUGUUUCCUCGUCUCUACACAAAAGAGUCUCUCGCAACUCCAGAGGAGCUUGCCCCCUUUGAGGGAUAUUCUUCCAGAAUGGCUGCUCUGGACUACACAGUGAGUUUGUUAAGUGAAGUGUUUGUGACAACUCAAGGAGGAAAUUUUCCUCAUUUUUUGAUGGGCCAUCGGAGAUUCCUCUUCGGUGGACAUGCAAAAACUAUCAUACCCGACAAGCCAAAACUCGUUCUCCUUCUUCAGGACAUGGAAAUGAGGUGGGAGGUUUUCAAGAAGGAGAUGAAACAGAUGCUAGGGGAAAGCGAUCGAAAGGGAGUAAUGGUACCUAGACUCAGAAAGAUCAACCGGAAAACUUCCAUUUACACAUACCCUUUACCCGAAUGUGAAUGCAUCUUUCAUCUGUCUUCCAAUUUUUCGACCACCGGAAACAUCCAGAAUCUUGGAGCUCUUCAUCCAACUUCCAACCUCAUGACGUCUGCAAGACUGUAGUCCCAAAGUCUUUUUGAUACUUGCACUUUAGCUUUGAGCCAGGUCCUGAACGUUGUUUUCGCUCUUGUUGAAAGCAAGCAAAUCAGAUAUCGAGGAGAUUUUUAUGAGGAAAACUUGGAGUUCACAUGUAUACACAAAAAAAGUGUAAGAACUCUUCAGAAUUGAAGGUGUAUUCUGGUCUUUUAGGAUCUAGGACAGUCGCAAAAACAAGGGUGUGAUUUUCUGUACUUAAUGUUUUAUCUUUUUGUUCAUUACUUACGUUGUGCCCCUCAAUUGUUAAGUGUAUAGAAUUUUACAUCGCUCUUUUGGAAAAUUUUAUUUGUCUUAAUUGUUUGUAAACAAUACAUCGCGUUAUGAUUGUUUGGGAUG